AUGUUUGUGUCAUCCUUCCUGUAUGCUGUGACGUGUGCAAUCAUCCCCUGGUGUUCUGUGUACUGGACAAUGGUCAUGAUGUUCCUGUUCCACGAGCUGGUUAUAGGUGCUGCCAGGUCAGGCAUGAAUGUGGAGAUCGUGGAGGAGUGGGGCGACAAGGGCAAACCCUUCAUGCAGGCACUGCAUUUCUCCUUCUCUCUUGGGGCAACACUCUCACCCUUCGUCCUUGAACCAUUCCUUUCCGAGGAACUUGAAGAAACAACCUGGAUCACCGCCAACUAUACGUUCACUCCAACCAGUACCAUUUACAAUACAUCAACCAUGGCCAUGACCGGUACUCCAGCUCCCAGAACAAAGAGUAACAUCCAUUAUGGCUUCCUCAUCGUUGCAAUUCCUUCAGGAAUAUUUUCGUUUGCAUUCCUCAUCAAAUAUUCCCACGAAAGAAACAAGGGUACAAGUAACAUUAGACGAAAGGACACACAAAAGGGAAUCAAGGACCAUGAAGAGGAGGAGGAAGAAGGUCCCAUGAGGAAGAAGAGAACCCUCCCUCGACAUCUCCUCAUCAUCACCUUGGCACUCUUUGCUCUCUUCUACUUCUUCUUGGACGAGGUAGAGGACACCUCUCCAUCUUUCCUGGCUUUGUUUGUCGUGAAGCAGAUGAAUUGGACCAAGAAAUAUGGUGGACGCCUGUCUUCCGCCUUCUGGGGAUCCUACACUGCAGGGAGAGGGGUUGGCAUCAUCCUCAUCAGUUUCGUCACACACACCCAGUUCUUCACCAUCUGUUGUGUGGUCCUCUGCAUGUCCCAGCUCGGUCUCCUUCUGUCAGCCACCUAUGGAUUUGGUACAGGUAUCUGGAUCAGCAUUGUUGGUAUUGGGCUGGCGAUCUCAGUGGUGUUCCCUGCAAGUCUCACAUGGACAGAGAAGGAACUGGUUCAGCUCUCAGGGAAGCUGAUGGGAGUUAUUUAUGUUGCCUUGAGUCUUGGCGGACUUGCUAACCCUCAGAUCAUUGGCGUCACGAUGGCUCUUUAUUCACCAAUGUGGUACAGUUAUAUUUUAUUUGCGGAGAGCAUCUUGUUUUCCAUCACUUUCCUUAUUCUGGUGGCGUUUGUAAAGAAAGUACUGUCUAAACGUACACAUGAAAUUGUAGAAAGAGAAAUAAGUGAAUAA